UCCGCACCUUGCGUUACCUCCUCUCUCUAUUCAGAGAGACAGGUCUGCUCUGUUUUUCAACAGUCGUCAAUGUUAACUGUUGAAUUGGGGCAGGGCAAGCGAGGUCUCUAUGAAAACAACAAGUAUGCCUACGGUUUCGUCAGCAUCGAGUUCAGCGCUUAUUCAGUUUACUUUAAAUCUGCAUGUAAUUCAAUGAAUAAUUCGCACCGAUGGAAUUUUAUUAAUCUCGCCUAUCUUUGGGAUUUAACACUUGACUCAAAGGUAUUUAACAUAUUGUCUUUGAUUUUUGAUUGCUACAAAAUAAGGCCUGAAGAGUUUAAUCCUAUCCCCUCGCGAGGGACAUGUGUACGGUGAAUAAGUGCGGUCGUGCAAGAUGUUCGUCCUCAACAAAACUCAUUGACGGUGUACACACACAUACGCAAACACAUGCACACACAAACACACACACACAAACACACACACAUUUUUAACUCCGCGGGGAGCCAAUGGAGUUCAGCCUGUCAUGCGUGUCUUCCCUGAAAGAAGACGUGAAUCCGUGCUUCAUUCAGCCGCAUUACAAGGAGUCCUAUCGGCUGGCCAUCUACGCGCUGCUCUGCGGGGGGACGGAGGCCUACGACGAGUUCCUGAAAGCUGAACAAAUAAGCCACUUUCUGUCCGACGAGGAGAUACUCUAUGUGCUGGAAAAUGCGGAAUUACCUGUUAGUGAGGACGGUGGCUCCGGCAAGACGAAGGAGCGGGAGGAGAGCCACCCGUCCACCUAUUUCCCCACCGAGUCGGAUGAGCAGGUGCCGGACCUUGACCUGGGCUGGCCCGAGGUCUCUUCCACCUCAGAGACCAACAUCAGCCUGCUCUUCCACCCGCCCCGUCAAAACACCCCGACCAUCAAAGAGGUGGUCCGGAAACAGAUCCUAGAUGCUAAGCAGCUCAUCGCCAUCUCCAUGGACGUGUUCACCGACGUGGACAUCUUCCAGGAAGUGGUUAGUGCGGCGCGCCGCGGCGUCAUCGUCUACAUCCUGCUGGACCGCACCCAGUUCCACGCCUUCCUCCACAUGUCGCAGAGGCUCGGGGUCAACAUCAAAAACCUCCAGAACCUACGUGUUCGGACGGUGAGCGGCCCGCAGUACCAGUGCCAGUCCGGGGCCAAGUUCAGUGGUGCCCUGGAGCAGAGGUUCAUCCUGGUGGACUGCAGAACCGUCCUGUAUGGAACCUAUAGCUACACGUGGUCCUUCGAGAAGAUCAACGUGAGCAUGGUGCUGGUGGUCACGGGGCAGCUUGUGGGCUCUUACGACGAGGAGUUCCGCCGCCUCUACGCCCGCUCCGUCGCUCCGACAGAGCUCACGUCGCCAACGUCUGGCGAGGAGGACGGCCUCAAGCCCCUGUUCAGCCCCAGCUCCAGCCUGCUGUCCCUGCACAGACCCCGCAUGACCAACGGGUUGGUGAUGACCCGGGGAAUCAGCAUGCAGGAGAAGCUGCACCAGUCCCACCGCCUGGACCCCGGGCAGAUGGUGAGGGGCCACAGCUACGGCGAGCUGCAGCGCCUCAACUCCUCCUCCACCAGGCUGAAGGCCGCCGAGGGGAACGGAACCACCCAGCAAGGAAGGGAGGACCCGUCGGCACCGCCACAGCAGCCAUCCAGGAUGUCUCAGCUGCUCACCCGCCACCGGAUGCGCUACGGCUCCGACCAGAACCUCAUCCCGUUCAGCUCUGAGACGUCUCUCAAUCGCUGGAAAAUCGACUCAUACUUCAGCCAUGAGGACGAGACCCCGGAGGCGGCCUACGACGUGACCUCGCCCCAAGGGAGCCUGAUGAACCUGAACGAGGGCCCACACCAGAAGUCAAGUCACAUGAAGUCCAGGCUGGAGGAGAUCCGGUUGAAGAGGCUCAGUCUGCAGGAGUACACCAGGCAGAGCCAGGAGAAUUUGAGGCCCAUGUUUUCCACUCAAGAGAGGUCUAGAAUGAGGUCCUCACUGAGAACUCUGGACAAAAGCCAGAGCAUGGCAGCGCUAGAAGAACACAGUCAGCAGGAGUCUUCUGGAGGGGCGGCCGACUAUGAGAACGUUGAGUACUUCAGUCCCAGACUCAAACCAUCGCAGGAAACUCCUGAGAUUGAAGAAUGGCCCGAGAUAGAGGAACCUCAGGCGCUGGAGGACCAGCCGUCUGCAGCCCAACGUAUGAGACCAACCCCGCGAACACAAGACCGACCGCAGCCCCUUCCCAGGACCCCUUCAUCAGGGGGCAAGCCGGAUGUGAAACAGAAGGAGCCAUCUCUAAAACCCUUGGGCCUGAGGCCGAGCGGUGGCAACACACAGUCCUCCAGAGCCCUGGACCCUCUCCUGGAUAUCCCAGAAGAGAAAGAUGCAACAAACAAAGUGUGCCACAAAGACCCCGCCACGGCGACGCCCCAUGGGGGUCGCAGGGCUGUUUCCAGAGUGGGCUCUGUGGGAUCAAUCCGGUCUGUUGGAUCACGGCAUCAGGACCUGGCCAAGGAGAGUACCGUUGCCACGAAGAAGGAUCCACCUGGUGCGAGACCCUCCCCAAUCCAUGCCGAACCACCCCCCAAACGAGAGGCAACACUCCCCACAUGGGAGGCAACACCCCCCAAACGCGAGGCCACACCCCCGUUGACGGCAAACUCUUCCAUCUGUGAUGCAUCAGGGACAUCGCAGAACGUGGUGAAAGCCAAGGGUUCGGCCGAAAUGGUCCCGUCACCGCAAGGCGAGCAAACAUUUCAGAGGAAGAACUCCCUCAAGUCCAAGGUUUACUCACUUAUUGGGUCCCAGCGGAAGGAGGAUAAGACCUUACAGAGGAAGUCUUCCAUGCGAUCGCAGAACCCCUCCCCAGCGAGCCAGCAGGCCUCAGCGGAGGGCUCUGACGGAUCUGUGCCGCCCGCAGCAGUGGCACACUCCACCGUGGCGCCCGCUACGCCUAAGGGGACGUUGAAGAGUGUUUCCAGGUCGCAGAACACCAUCGACAGCCUUGAAGAGAAGGAACGCCCUUCAUCCGUGGCUCCAUUUGACCGAGGGUCCGCCCAGCGCUCAAGCAGGCCCCAGACCAGCGUCAGCGGCUCCAGGCUGACCCUGGAGAGCGAUGCGGCCGUUGACCAGCAGCCCCAGAGGGUGAGGGCCUACAGCCGCUUUGAAGCUCUUCUGGAUAAUCCGGUGAGGUCCUCCAGUCUGCGCUACCUCGGGAAGGAGAGGAACUCUGUGCUCAACAGCAUCAGGCAGCCUUCCGCUGGCGCAUCCAAGCUCUACUCAGCGAAUCAGACGCCCACGACCCAGGACAACCGCCUGGGUCGCUUCAUGCAGCGUGUUGGCAGCCUGAUCACCAAGAACAAAUGAAUCCCAGGGUCCCCAGACCAUCGGCACAUUUUAGAAGGAACACAAGACCAAAGACCCGUUGCAGUCGGUUCACCAGACAAACGUUCCGUUACAGAGGGUCAACCAGACAAACGAUCCCUUACAGGGGGUCAACCAGACAAAUUACCCGUUGCAGACGCUUCACCAGACACACAGCUCGUUACAGACGGUUCAUCAGACAAACAGCUCGUUAUAGACUGUAGACAAGACAAACAAAACAUUACAGACGGUUCAUCAGAAAAAGAGCCUGUUACAGACGGUUCAAGAGACAAACAACCGUUACAGAGGGUCAACCACACAAAUAACCUGUUACAGACGUUUCACCAGACAAACAGCCCGUUACAGACGGUAGGCAAGACAAACAAACCAUUACAGACGGUUCACAGGCCAGAAGUGUUUUUAAGACAAAAGCCAAAUGGUUUGUACGUUUUCUAGGGUUAGAUCCAAUUAAAUUUCCGUUAAGGAUUAUAGCCACUAUUUUCAGGAGGAAUAUUGUUGAUUAUAUUUUUGUGACCUCUAACUCAACCUAUAACCUCUAUGAAAUAACAAUGGAACCUUGUACUGGAAUGUUUUCUUCAGAAGGAUAUCAUAAUUGAGCUAUUUAGAUAUUGGCCUGAUAUCUAAAACUAAGGCUGCGGUUGAUUGUCUUUAUUGCUAAGGAAGGUUCCUAAAUGCGUGGAAUGAUAUGGAAGUAUUGAAGUGGAAGCCAUGAUAAGAGCUCUUCAAAUUCUCUAAGUGCAAUGGAAAGAGGCUUCAAUGCUUUCGUUCACUGGACAAUCCUUUACAAAAAGGAACGACCUAAUGCCGUCUCAGAAUUUCUUGCAGAAGGAACAUGUAAAGCGAUGCACCAUUCGUCCUUUCACAGAAAUAAAUGCUGAACAUGUAAAUUAUUUUCCAUCAAUCAUACUAAUUGGGAUCUAUAUCCAUAUAUAUGAGUGGCCAGGGGUUUGACAAUGAAAAACCUUUAUCAAUGUGAAAACUAUUUUAUUUUCCUUUUGUGACUGGGAGCCUUUAUUUAACUACUUUUGAAUUUAAAUUGAAUUGAAACUAAAUAUUCCAAGUUGAACCUUGCUAAUAAAGUAACAUUUAUCACCG